AGGAAAGGAAGAGAAGGACUUCCCUGUUUCUAUGUAUGUGACUGUUUAACCCGUUCAUACUCCCCAAAAGGCUUUGGAAUAGGGUAACUGUCAGUGCCAUGCUGUAAGCCUUAAACCAGUGUUCCCUGUCACUCGUUUCCAGCAUGCACUCGAGAGAAGUGUGAAUGUGUUUGGCUUGGCGUGUCCAAACCCAAAGCUUUCUCAGGAGUGAGGAUGCUCUUUGGGAAGAUACCAGCAUGUGAAGGAUGUGCUAGUCAGCUCUCCAGGGCGGUGUUGGAAGAGAUCUAGUCUUCAGUUUUCAGCAUGUGCUCCUCUCCUUGCUGUGGUAAAGAAGGAGCCAAGUCCAGUGUCUGAGGGAGGCUUGCUUGUGCACUCCUACUGAGCUCUUCAAUCCAGCUUAAGAAAACCUUUCCCAUUCUGACCAAGUUGAAAAGAGGAUUUUAUCACAGGCAGGGAGCUGUGGGGUAGAUCCAUAGGGUGUAUGUCACUUUUUUUUUUCUUCAUGUGUUUUUUCUUUCAGCAGAUCCGACUUUCAACCUGCUGACUUUUAUGGGAUUGGUUCACCUCAUCUGGAGCAGUAAUUUUAUGAAAUACCUGAGCAAGUUAAAGCAAAUGCCGUAUUUUCCAGGUGCAGCACGUUGGUGUUUCUUCAGUCUGGAUUCUAACCCCAAAUUCAGCACGGGUCAAAGGAGGUCACCUUGGCAGUGAACCACCUGUAGGUCAGUUUUAGUGGUGGAAACCGAGUUAUGGAUGCUACCAGGAGGAGCGGGAGAGACACCGAGUUGUGCUGAGCACAACUGGACAUGAAUGUGGUGGCCGAAACCUGGGCUGCAGAGAGCAUCAAGUGUGGUGGGAUAAAACAACCUGAACAGCUCAGAUAAGUGUUGGUGAGCAUCCUUACGGCUGUGACCUGCUGUCAGGGGAGGAGUUGGCUUGGGUAUCUCAGUGGGGCAGUAUGGCUAUUCAUGGAGCUGCACUUGGCAGCAGCUUGGCUGGGUGACUUGGCAGAAAGUUAUCUGACUAAUUGCUGCACUUACACUUUCAUAAUCGCGUUCUUAAGCCAAGCAGGGAGUCAUGGUGCUCGUGAGCUGCUCCAUUCUGUGCUAAAAUUAGCUCCUUUUUUAAUUAUUAUUAGAGAACUGAGCUGGGGUGGCUGUAAGGAUCAGCAUUGUUGGGAUACAGAUCCGGCUGACGUCUCAUGGGGUGCGGCUGUGAGGGAAGCUUGUUGCUGUGACGUACAGGACAUGAGAUAAAAUUGCAACACGUUUUCUUCCUGUAAAGUGGAAAAUGCUUCCUCUCAUUGUAAAAAGUAGAGAAAGGAGAAAUGGAAUUAUUCCCUGCUGUCAGGAAUCCUACGUGAGAAUGCUUGCUCCUUGCUGCCGUGUGGAGCCUGAGGGCCACAGCUCCUUUUUCUAUUUCUCUGGUGGCACAGUGUGCUUCAGGCAGGUUUUGUCAUCUCAGUGUCCCUGUCCAGGUUGGUCUGAAAGCAGAAAAAGCUGUUUUGAACCAAGUUGGGCAAUACCACUUGCACACAUUACUCUAGGUAGAACAAGUUGGGCUGUAUACCAUGUAUAAUAUCUUGGAGCAGGUACCUGUGGCACUUCCAAAUGUUGUUCUAUCCAGAAAUAACCUCUGCAUUAAUGGCAGCAGCCAGCUGAGGUCUUGGGAGUGAUCUUCUGCUCUGAAACACUGUGUGAGAUACAGCCGCAUCUGCUGCAGCCUCUGACAGUGUGAUGAGGAUGAGUCAGCACCAUCUUGCUUAAAAAUGAAUCCCCGCGUGCAGCAAGGCACCAUUGCAUUGUGCAUCCACCAUAUCCACGUGGUGUGGGCUGAGGUGAGCAGCCAGGCCCUGCGGGAGCACCCUGCAGCUGAGCAAUGCAUUGCUGCCAUUCCUCUACCAGCUAGAGGACCUACGCAGGAUUCCUCUCUGUGCUGGACUUGUGGCAGCAAGAAUUGAUGUCUUUUCUCGCAAUUUGCAUGGCUGGUGGGUCUCCCCCUGCCCAGGGAGCUGUGCAGCUCCUCCUGUUUUCAUUUGCUUUCUGGAUCUGCUUCCCUUGAGACAGUUUCGUUGUAAAGGAAACGGUGGUGCCGCUGGUGGGGGCUGCCCCGUGCGGAGGGACAGUCAUGCUUCCUCAUGAGCUGCUGGUUUUGUGGAUGAUGGUGACAUGACUGAUGCAGUGGGUGGAUGUCUGGGAUGGGCAUCAUAAAUAGGACCCGUGGGAGAUGCCUCUCAGUGUUCUUCCAGGACAGAGGUACUCCAGGGAAGGGUGAGAAGCUCUGGUUUCACGCAGCCAGUAUCUCCCACGUUUGCUCCCAGGUAAGCCUGGAGGAAGGAGAAUGGUUUCUCCAGAUAUUGCUUGAAUCCUUUUUGCUUCAGGCCAUGGACUGAUUUCAUUUCUGUCAUUUCUGUGCUGAACGAGGGAGGAGAUUCCCCCAGGGAGAGGGGGAGAGGGAGAAGUCCCUGCUGAGGCCAAAGGGGGACCUGCAGCAGGCCUGAGGUUGGAGCAGCCCCCUGGGUGAGCUCCAGGGAAGGAGGAGCUCUUCUGGAAGGUCUACAGAGGGGUAAAGGACUCAGUGCUGGGUCCUCCUGACUCUAGGUGAACAACAGGAAGGAUGAGAGGUCUUGGGUUUGUUACAAAAGUGGGAAUGAUGGAAAUCAGAAAGGAGAUAGCGCUGCCUCGGAUGGGUGGGUAGCAGAGCUGGCAGUCCGCCUUGGAGCUCCCAGCUAACAACAGCAGCAGUGCCCUGACAUUGGGUUGGCAACCCCAAUUCCUCCACAGGAGCAGGGCUGUGAUGCAGCUCUUCCCAUGGAAACAACCACGCAGCACCCCAUGGGUUCUGCUUCUGCAAAGCCAGAGCCGCCGCCUCCUCUCUUUUCCAUGCAGGUUGGUAAUGUGUGUAGGGAGAUGCAGCCGCAUCGUGGGCCCCUGCUUGCUGGUGCUGGGCAUGCUCUCCGUGGUGGCCAGCAUCCUGCUGCUCUUCCCUGGCGGGUCCUGGCAGUACCUGGUGGAUGGGCACAUCAGCAGGAGGGCAAAGAUCAUGCCAGGUACCUGGGGAGGCGGCAUCAUGGUAAGCGCCGUGUCUUGCGUGGCCUCCUCCAACAUGCACUGAGCAAGGACAAAGAGCAGGAUUGGGCGUCCUGCUUUUGUUCCCCUUUGUCCCCACAGGCCACUUUCUCCUUCCUGCAGGUGCUGCUGGCAGCUAUCCACAUCACCGCUGUGGGAUGGCGAUGCGCCUGCUGCUCCGACUGCGGCACCCGUCGGAACGCCUUCCUCUCUGUUGUCCUCUCCAAGCUGGCUCUCCUGGGCUCUGCCGCCUGCUUCUUCUUCUCGGGGCUGGGUCUGACUGACGGCCCUCUCUGCCUCUACAACACCACUGAGCUCAGCAAUGGCCUUAUCUGGGACUACCCCUUCGUGGACACCCCUAGCAACAGGGCCUUGGAGAAUUUCUACCUGUUCUACCCGAGCACCUGGGGCACCUGCCUGGAGCCGGUGGGCAUCGUGGCAUGGCACGUCACCUUCUUCUCCCUCCUGCUGCUCAUAAGUGCUGCCGAGAUGGUGCUAACCUUCCUCCAGAUCAUCAACGGCUGCGCCGGGUGCCUCUGCGGCUUCUGUGAGAGGAAGGAGGCAGGGCUCUCCCAUGUGCCUGGGGUGAGGUGAGACCAUGUUUCCCAGCUGUGGCCUCUGGGGAGACCACUCCUGCUCACUCCAUGUCUUCCAUUCCGCGACACACCUGAGCCACGUAUGUAAAUAAAAGCCUGAUUUAUUUUUGUUAA